CUUCCUUGGGGCACCCGGGCCCAUCCUCAGCCCCGGUGACUCUGCACCAGCCAGGCAGGAGAGACACCCCUCGUUAGGGCCUGGCCCUUCCUGAGCCCGCGGCUCCUCCGGCACAAGGACGAGGGAAAUGAUGGAUUUCCUCCGGCACCAGCUCAGCUCCUCACACCCUGAAGGACCAAGAGCCUCCUGAGCCGCUCCCGGCCCCGAUGAGGCUGUGGCAGCCCCCUCGCUCCAGUUCCCCUCCUAAACUGGGUGGAAGCUGCCCUGGUCGCCCCAGGGGUCAGUCCUGCCACCCCAAAUCAGGAUCUGGACACUCCACAGGCUCAGACACCCAUGGCAGGGACUCAAGGACUUCCCGGGUGUCCCAGUCACCCACCCACCCUUCCUGCCCAUCCUCACCCUCCCCACAGCCCCGCUGCUUACCCUGGACUUUGAGGCUAAUUCCCAACACCUGACCAGCUUAUUCUCCUGAGUCCAUUAUCAGCUUAAGGGCCAAAGACAUCUGCUUCCCACUGCCCUCCCGGAGAGCUGGAGGAGUCUUCCAGCUCCGAGCAGGAGAGCAGCAUCUCCCCUCGGAUGGGGCUCUGAGCGUCUCCACCGCGCCGCGGGGCAGCCCCCCUGCCCCCCCAGUUCCAGGGCAAAAUGGCUCAGGACAUGACAGAGAAGGAGCUGCUGAAGAUGGAGCUGGAUCAGCUGAAGAAGGAGGUGAAGAACGAGAGGCAAAUGGUCUCCAAGACUGGCAAGGAGCUCAAGGAGUACAUCGAGUCCAUGGCGGGCGAGGACCCGCUGCUGAAAGGGGUCCCCGAGGACAAGAACCCCUUCAAGGAGAAGGGAGGCUGUAUAAUAAGCUGACCCCCCCCGGCCCCGCUGGCACCGCCGGGCACGGGGAUGUUCCCGUGGGCCACCCAGGACUGUCAGAAACCUGCUUUCCCCGUAGUCCGCCCUCGGCACCGAGGAGGAGCCCCGAACCACAGCGUAGUGCAGCUAAAGGACAGCAAGAGGAAAAAAAAGAAGAUAAAAAAAGAGACAAAAAAACCCCAAAAAACCCCUCCCCCCUCACCCGCCCCCUCCGCUGCCACCGGGGCUGAGGUUCGGCGCCGUCCGCGCUCCCACAGCUGAGCUCUGCUUUCCCUCGAGCACAACUUCUGCAUUUCCAGAGCAGAGGGGGGAGAUGAAACCACCGAGCUGGGGCUGCUCUCACACUGUCCCAACCCCCCCGAGCCCGGAGCUGAGCCCCGCUGGCUCCAGAGGAGCCUCCCGGCUGCCUCAGCCCAUCCCGCUGCACCGAGGCUCCCAGGGCUCUGGAGCUUUAUCCCGUUUAUCCCUCAGGAUCCCCCAGCCGGUGCCCAGCCCUCCUGCAGCCCACGGCUCGUGCCCACCGUGCACCUUCCAUCGAGAGCCGGGGGCUGGAGAUCCCUGCGGGAUCGGGCACGGGAAGGAGUGCGGUGCCACCCCCACCUCCCAGCCUCGCUUCCUCCUCUGGAAAACCCCCCUGGCAGCCGCGGGAAAAUAAGUUUGUGACCCUGGGGGCUCCGAGCGCUGCCCCGGUGUCACCGUGUCACCUCCCCUCCGCUCCCGGCUCUCAUCCCACCGUGUCCCAUCAGCGACUGGGAUUGACUCGGAGCCGGCGGGACUGCCUGGAGCAGUCCUUAGGAUUCUCCAGCCCCAAGACAGCAAUGCCAGGCCUGGAUCCUCCCGCUCCCAAAUUUUCACAGGACAAAUUUCACCCCCUGCUUGACAGGAAAACGCUGAGUCCUUCAGCGGGGAAGGUUUGUGGGAUUUGUUGUUGGGAUUGGUUUGGGUUUGUUUUUUGUUUGUUUGUUUUUUAAAUCCAUUACAGCUACAUUUAAUCUUUGGGGAAAACUCUCCAGAUCUUCCCCAGACCCUCAACCCCAGAACAGAAGCAGCAGCUCUUUCAACCUCCGAGUCCCUCAGCUCCUGUCCCUGCCGUGGGUCGUCCCCAUCCCGCUCCUGCUUCGUGCUGCCCAUUCCUGCCAGAGGAGCAAACCUCUCCCACUCCUUUUCCUUGGGAAGGGCCGAGGGUGCAGGAGUCACCUGCUGCCCGUUUGGGAGGGUGUGGGUCUGCUGGAACGUGGGAGCUGCUGCUGGGGCUCCAGGAGAGCGUGGAGAUGGACCUGGGGCUGGUUCACCUGCAAGGAAACACCUCUGGAUCCCACUUGGAGCAGCGUUUUCCUGCCUUCUGGGGCUGGGAAUGAGGCACAGGGGGUCCCUCAGCACUUUGGCCACCCCAAAAGGGGGGGGCCCUGCAGAGAACAGACACAGGGCAGCGGAUUUUCCUCAGGCAGGGGGUUCCCCCCUCUCCCCCGCAGCCAGAACAGCCCCCCCUGCCCCUCCCCAGCCCAAAUCCCACCCAAAUCAAGGUGGGUUUAUUCUCCUGCAGACGCUCAAUAAACCCUCCAGCUCGAGCACAGCCUCUGUCUCUUCUUGCAGCACCGAGGAGCAGGAAAUACUCUUUACAAAUAGGAUUGA